AUGCAGCGGAGCGCGGUGGUCGUGGUGGCGGACAAGACCAGCCUGAAGAGGCCGUUCAUCUUCGCCAACGCCGUGCACAUGGCGCUGUGCUUCUUCAUGCUGACAAUGACGGUCGCUUGGCACAGAGACCUCGUGCAAACCGGCAAACUGGUGUCCAGUGUCUCUGUGGUGUUGAUGUACGUCAUCGAGAUCGGCUGCCUGCUGCUGUCAGUGCUCGGCGUGUUAGGAGCUUGUAAAGGAAAGAGAUGGUGUUUGAUUCUGUAUGCGACUGGGAUGGCUGCAGCCAGUCAAACAAUAAUUGUUAGAACAGCACUAAGUUACCAAGAUCUUUACGAGAAGCGGGUGGUCCGCGAAGAGAACAAGCUGCUGUCCAUGAUGCCGCUCAGUGCAACUAACAAAGCCAACAGGACCCUUCUGUACAGCAUUCAGGAAGAGUUUGAGUGCUGCGGCCUCAUUGAAGGCUACAAAGACUGGGGCUCCUUCAUCCCUGCCUCCUGUAACUGUCAGUAUCCAGGAAAAUGUAUACGACUACGGGGCAGCGCCACACUCGGGGCGCCAAAGAACCAGUAUGUUUAUCAAGAGCCUUGUCUGCCGAUUUACGUCUCUGAACUGAAGCUUGCGUUCUCGUUGACGAUGGCCAUACAGUUUGGAAGCGGAGUGUUUUGGAUGGUUUUACUUGUCAUGAGCAUCAAGCUGAUGGGGCAGAUCAAAAGAAAACAGGAGUUCAUGGCUCUCCUCUAUUCUAACAGAUACGUCCCCGGUGCCUUCUAG